AUACACUCCAAGCAUACCGAUAAGCCAUAAAAGGUGGCGAUAUGGGCAAAGACAACAGCUAAAUUAAUAGUUUUUAAUAUCACUCAAAUAACGUACAAAACAUGGAGGUGGAUCAACACACUUUGGCCGAUGUGGUGUUCGUGAUAGAAAGCAGUGCUAUUAAUGGAGCCUACUUGAACGAACUGAAAACGAACUACAUUUUGCCCACACUGGAACACUUUACACAGGGGUCCAUUGAUGAACGCGAAUUUCUGAUUGCCGAACGCUAUGCGACCCUCUACGGCAUUGUCACAUAUCGCACCGCCUCGAAUCUCCUGGAGCCAGUGUGUACCACAUACGGCCCAUUUGUGCAGCCCCAGAAGGUGAUUGAGACAAUUGAACGUCUGCCGCUGGUCGGUGGCGGCAUGGAAUCGCAUGCCCACAUGGCCGAGGGAUUUGCUGCUGCCCAUGGAUGUUUCGACGAGAUCAGCGAACAGCGCCACAUUAUGGAGCAGGGCAAUAUACAGCGCCACUGCAUAUUGAUAUGCAACAGUCCGCCUUACCAGAUGUCCGUCAAUGAAUCCUGGAAGUACAAGGGAAAGUCGUGUGAACAGCUGGCGGCCUUAUUCAAUGAGCGUAAAAUCAAUUUAUCCAUCAUUGCGCCGCGAAAAAUGCCAGUGCUGUUCAAGCUGUUCAUAAAGGCCGACGGCGACCAGCCUAUAACGACCAAAAACUAUGCCAAGAACAUUCGGCACUUGGUGCUGCUGAAGGGCUACAGCCUAAAGGAGCGUGCGCCCAGUCCCAACAGCAUGUCCGUGGGUGGCUCGGCUGCAGCUCAACAUCAAAUGGGAGCUCCACAGGCACAGCAAACAGCAGUGCAGGUGAUGAACAAUAAUCCGAAUGGCCAACAGCCAGGUCAGGUGCUGAACAUGCCAAUGGACACAACGCCUGCACAGCAGCAGCAACCGGGUGGUGGACCACAGCAGCAGCAAGUGAUGACCAUGAAUGCGAUGCAGCAGCAACAGCAACAGCAACAACAACAGUCCCAACAACAGCCUGGUGUCAUGACGCCACAGCAGCAGCAGCAACUGAUGCAACAACAGCAACAACAAUUUGUUCCCAAUCAAAUGCAAAAUGCAAACUUCCAGACAAACGUUGUACCAGGUCAAAAUCGCUGGCUGUAUCCCAAUCAGCCCGGACAGCGUCCUGCCUUCAUGCAAACCCCGGGCAACAAUAUGCCGUUGCAGCAAGCCCAGAAUCCCAAUUCGGCCUUGAUUUCCCGUAUAAAUGCGCCACCUAAUCAAACGGUCAACUCAUUGCAGCAGCAACAGCUGCAACAGCAACAGCAGCAGCAGCAACAACAACGAUUGCAAAUGAUAAACCAUCAGCAAUUCAAUCAGCUGCAGCAGCAACUGGCGCAGCAACAACAACAGCAGCAGCAGCAACAACAGCAGCAGCAACAACAACAACAACAGCAGCAGCAACAGCAUCCACAACAGCAGGUGAAUCCUAAUGCCAAUACCAAUAUGUUGCCAACUGUUGGUAGUGCUGCUAAUCAGCAACUACAACAGCAACAACAGCAGCAGCAGCAGCAACAGCAGCAGCAACAACAACAACAGCAGCAGCAGCAACAACAGCAGCAGCAACAGCCACAAGAGCAAUCAUCGUUACGUGAAAAAAUCUGGACCGGCGUCCUCGAAUGGGCGGAGAAGGCCAAAAACGAUCAGCAAAAGAUUCCUCAUUCGCUGCAGUGCACCGUUUGCACUAACAUUAAGGAUGGCGAGCCUGAGAUCAAAGCGGACAAUUGGCCGCCCAAGCUACUUAUGCAGCUAAUGCCAAAGCAUCUUGUGGGCAACAUUGGAGGUCAGUUUCUCAAGGACUCCAAAAUGGUGGUAUUUCGUCCAGCGCCAGGCGAGGCUCUCGACGCUUUGGCCAAAAUGAUGACCACCGGUUAUGCUGGCUGCGUUCACUUUUCGGCGCUGCCCAAUACGCCCGCCUGCGACAUCAAAGUGCUCAUCCUGCUAUAUACGGCCGAUCGCAAUGCGUUCCUUGGCUUCAUACCUAACAAUCAGACCAUGUUCGUGGAGCGCCUGCGCAAGGUGAUACAGCAGAAGCAGUCGCACGGUAAUAUGCAGCAGCAGCAACAAAUGCCGCCGCAGCAGCAAAUGCAGCAAAUGAUGCAGCAGCAGGGCAAAUCGCCUAUGGAACUGCAACAGCAGCAACAACAGCAACAGCAGCAGCAACAACAAAUGCAGCAGGACAAUUCGCAGCAGCAACAGCCACAUUACAAUCAAUAUGCACAGCUCAAUAUGCAAAUGGGCGGCGCGCCUGGGGGCAAUGGAGGUGGCGGCAUGCCCAUGCAGCCCCAGAUGCAAAUGAACAUGAUGCAGCAGCAGCAACAACAGCAGCAGCGCAUGCCAUUGGGUGUGCCUGUAGCGAAUCCCAACCUGCAACAGCAACUGCAACAACAGGUGCCGCAACAGCAACAGCAGCGCAUGGUACGUCCUAUGCUUGGCAACAACAAUCCGGGACUACGGCAGCUACUACAGCAUCAAACGCCCGGAAAUCAAUUUCGUCCCCAAAUGGGCGGACAGCCAAAUCAGAUGGGCGCCGGCGGGCCCAUGGUUGGCAAUCGCAACUUUGACGAUGGCAGCUAUGAUUUUAUGUAAAAUUUUAAUAUGUUCUAGUAUAUAUACAUAGAUAUACAUUGUCGUUCAGUAUCAGUAUCAGUCUACCCCUUCUCCUCAACAAAACUUGUUUGUAUAUUGUCAAGUCUGUCUCUCCCUCUGGAGCUCUUCUCUCUAAAGACAUUGUGUAAUCAAAGACUCAUAUCGACGCAUAUACAUAUAUCUAUUUAAUAUAAAUGAUUUUAUUUUAGUACGUGCCCAUUCAAAUACAACUGUAUUAAAUGCGUCUAAAGCAAA